AUGAGCAAGAAGAAUGCCUCAAAUGCAAAGUCGGGGGGGCAGACAUAUGUAUCUCUGAUCAUUGAUUCGGGGUCUCGCUAUAAUCUCAUCUGCCAAGACGACUGGUCCACUCUAAAAAGGAAUAAAGCCACAGUGUUCAAUGUUCGUCCUAACUCACAGUACCAGUUCAAAGGAUAUGCUUCGGACCAAAUUUUAAAUGUAAUUUGCGUAUUUGAGGCACCAAUUUCUGUCGGUAAACAGGCUGAAAUGAUUGCCUCCUUUUUAGUCAUUGAAAAAGGACAACAGUCAUUGCUGGGACGAGAAACUGCAAUUAAGUUGGAAGUGCUACGGCUGGGUCUGCAGAUAAAUCAUAUUGAGGAGGUAUCGGUUUUUCCGAAGUGGAAGGGCGACAGUGUCAAGUUGGCAAUGGAUCAGGACAUAAAACCAGUACAACAGCCCAUGCGAAGGAUACCAAUUGCAUUAGAAGGAAAGGUGCGCGAAAAGACUCAGGAUGCUCUAAAGCGUGAUAUUAUUGAACCUGUAAAUGGCCCAAGUGCCUGGAUCUCACCAAUGGUUUUAGUUUUCAAAGAAAAUGGAGACAUUCGACUAUGCCUGGAUUCGAUAUGCGGCGAGCAAAUCAAGCCAUUUUAA